GGCGGCUCCGCACACCCAAGAUGGCGGCGGUGGAGCUGGAGUGGGUGCCCGAGACGCUCUAUAACACGGCGAUCUCGGCUGUGGUGGAUAGUUACGGGCGGGCCAGGCGCAGGGACAUCCGUUCGCUGCCCGAGAACAUCCAGUUCGACGUGUACUACAAGCUUUACCAGCAGGGCCGCUUAUGUCAGCUGGGUAGUGAAUUUUGUGAACUAGAAGUUUUUGCAAAGGUGCUUAGAGCUUUAGAUAAAAGGCAUCUGCUUCAUCACUGCUUCCAGGCUUUGAUGGACCAUGGAGUAAAAGUUGCUUCUGUACUGGCCUAUUCUUUCAGUAGACGGUGCUCCUACAUUGCAGAAUCGGAUUCUGCUGUAAAAGAAAAAGCAAUACAGAUUGGUUUUGUUUUAGGGGGGUUCCUGUCAGAUGCAGGCUGGUACAGUGAUGCCGAGAAGGUAUUUCUCUCCUGCCUUCAGUUAUGCACCCUUCAUGAUGAAAUCCUUCACUGGUUUCGUGCUGUAGAAUGCUGUGUAAGGUUGCUGCACGUUCGAAAUGGUAACUGUAAAUAUCACCUGGGAGAGGAAACAUUCAAACUGGCUCAGUCUUACAUGGACAAACUUGCAAAACACGGCCAGCAGGCGAACAAAGCAGCGCUCUACGGGGAGCUGUGUGCACUGCUCUUUGCCAAGAGCCACUACGAUGAGGCUUAUAAAUGGUGCAUAGAAGCCAUGAAGGAGAUCACAGUUGGCCUGCCUGUAAAAGUAGUAGUGGAUGUUUUACGACAAGCUUCAAAGGCUUGUGUUGUAAAACGUGAAUUUAAGAAGGCUGAGCAGCUGAUAAAACAUGCAGUAUACCUUGCCAGGGAGCAUUUCGGAGCCAAGCACCCCAAAUACUCUGAUACGCUACUAGACUAUGGAUUUUACCUGCUCAAUGUAGACAAUAUAUGCCAGUCUGUUGCCAUCUAUCAGACAGCUCUUGAUAUCCGGCAGUCAGUAUUUGGAGGUAAAAACAUCCAUGUAGCUACAGCUCAUGAAGACUUGGCUUAUUCUUCAUAUGUUCACCAGUACAGCUCUGGAAAAUUUGACAAUGCACUAUUCCAUGCUGAACGUGCUAUUGGCAUUAUAACUCAUAUUCUUCCAGAAGACCAUCUUCUCUUGGCAUCUUCAAAGCGAGUUAAAGCACUUAUCUUGGAGGAGAUUGCAAUAGACUGUCACAACAAGGAAACUGAGCAGAGGUUACUUCAGGAAGCUCAUGACUUGCAUCUGUCCUCACUCCAAUUAGCUAAAAAAGCCUUUGGGGAGUUCAAUGUACAAACAGCAAAACACUAUGGCAACCUUGGAAGACUGUAUCAGUCCAUGAGAAAGUUUAAGGAAGCAGAAGAAAUGCACAUCAAGGCAAUUCAGAUUAAGGAGCAGCUUCUAGGUCAAGAAGAUUAUGAAGUUGCCCUGUCAGUGGGCCAUCUAGCUUCUCUCUAUAACUAUGAUAUGAACCAGUAUGAAAAUGCUGAAAAGCUCUAUUUGAGGUCCAUAGCAAUUGGAAAGAAGCUUUUUGGGGAAGGAUACAGUGGACUUGAAUAUGAUUACAGAGGUCUCAUUAAACUGUACAAUUCCAUUGGCAAUUACGAGAAAGUUUUUGAAUACCACAAUAUUUUGGCCAAUUGGAACCGGUUGCGGGAUCGGCAGUUCUCUGUUACAGAUGCUCUGGAGGACGUAAGCACCAGCCCUCAAUCCACUGAAGAAGUGGUCCAGUCUUUUCUGAUGUCUCAGAACAUUGAUGGACAGAGUAGUUAAGAACUUGGUCAAUAAACCAGUUAAGGUUUUUUCCCCCCAGGUUACAGGGGGAAAAGUCAUACUGUGAAAUCUAAACCAUGUAGUUCUCUGGGGGCUGGAAUUUGCAUUGAAACACUGGUCCAGUCUACUGAAGAGUGCCCAUACGGAUGAAUGUGUGUUAAAUUCUUAUCAGCAUGUGUAUGGCAUGUUUAGUUCGGCUCACAUUUUGAACUUGGUAUUCCAGAAAACCCCUUCUUUCUCUCUUCUUUCAAAAGAAGCUACUUUGCAGAAAGUCUGCCAGAAAACCUUAAAUAAAACUGUUUGAGCUCAAAAGAGUUGCAUUCUUAUUAUGAAUGGAAGGUUUCAUCAAGAGCUUUCUGCUGAUAUAUAGAAAGAAUAAAUGCUGUACGAUAAGAAGUUACAGGAGAAGGGUCUUUCUACUGUACACAUAGCAAAGUUAAUCGUAAAUAUCAAGAGAAGGGAGGAUGCCCUAGCCUUGGGUCUGCCUUAUGAAGAAAAGUGGCAAAGAACCACUCUGGAGAGCAGCAUACUCUUUGUGAACCGUGCCAGGGGGUUAAGCCAGUCACCACCAUGUGUUGUUGUGAACACCCUGAACUGGACCAGUGUUCAUCGAUCAGUGAUAGAGGAUCCAGUAGACCAGCAGUCGUAGUUUUCUUUGGUACCAACCGAGAGUGCUCAUCUUCUGAACAGGACCAGGAGAAUCGAAAGUGGACCAGCCUGCUAGAAACAGUUUUUGGACCAGUGGCUUUAAUUUAAUAUUUCUGCCCCUGCAUUCACUUUUACAGUAGGAUUAUUUCAUUUAGAUGUAUGAUCAGUGCAAAAUUAUAUUCAUGUAAUAGAUACAAACCUAGGAAGUGAACGUUCUUUAGCGGUUGCGAUGGCAUGUCUUUACCUAGUGAGCUUAUACAAAUAUUAAUGUCAAUGCCACAAGCAAAAACUAGAAAUGCUUUAACUAUUUCCUGCAGCCAUCUCUUUUCUUUCUCUCCUUUUUGAAUGGGCUUACUCUAAUAAUUGAGGCAGUAACUUGUUUAUACCAGUUAAUAGUUUUGUAUUCCAAUCCAGUUCAACCUGUGUUUCUGGAGAACACAACUCCUUGUACAGUCCGCAGGGGUCAGUGGAAAAUGCCAAAAAGCACAAACAGGUCUUUUUAUUUUCUUGUGAUGCUUCAUUUCUACAUUAAACAAGAGUACAACCAGAAA